AUGGUCUUCCCCAUCCUGCCAUAUGGCAUUAUGAGAUUCCAUGACCUGAGUCAGGCGACUAAUAUGCUAAAAGGCUCACCUGGCCUUUUCACCAUCAUCCACAUCACUCUUAUAGGCUGUCCCUCACCACUCACCAACAAUACCGAUGCACUACAGGUCCCAGGCAGAAGCUCUGCUCUGAUCACCAACCCUAACUGGAGCUGUGAGCACAAAGGAAAAUUUCACAAAAUAGGGAGCGUGUGGACUUUGGACUGUGAAGAGUGCUCCUGUAAUAAACAUGGCAUGAGCUGUUGUUCAUUGAUAAAUACACCAAUCUAUGAUGAAAAGGAAUGUGUAGCUGUAUUUCAUAAGGAAUCCUGUAGUUACACAGUGACCAAAAAGAGUAAUCCAUCAGAACCAUGUGAGAUCAAAGCCAUGGUUGGCUAAAGCGUCUCAACCCAAAACAAGGGUGUAUUUAACACUGAAGCAAAACCUAAACCCUUAUCGUUUCCAUUGUGUUUACCUUUACUUAUUCCUGUUUGCAUAACACACGGUUCCACUCUUUAUCAUAUGUAAA